AUGAAUGCAUCAGAUGAUGAUAAGACCGAGGCACACUCCGUUAGAAAUGAUGAGAGUGGUAGUUGUGUGGGCUCCUCCGCGGAGGACUCGGCAGGCGCCGCCGCCGCCCUUUCAUCUUCCCGUUCGAAUUGUAUGGAAGGGGAUUAUGAAAACGAAGAAGAUUUUGAAAGUAGUGGUUUAAGAAAAGAAACCGAUACGCCUGGGUAUGGAAAGGAAAUCAUAUCCUCUGAACACGGUUCCCCAGAGUCUAAAGAAGGCGGUGGACGUCUGCAUACGACGGUGAGUAGUGAUCCUCACGCAGAGAAUGCACAGCCACCACCUUCUGUGGGUUUGGUAAAUGAGGGUUGUACAUGUUAUUUAAAUUCACUUUUACAACUCUUAUUUCAUCUUAGUUAUUUUCGUAAUGCUGUCUACCGUAUGCCAGUGGAAGAAGGGGAGGGUGAUAAGGAGAGUAUUCCACAGGCAUUGCAGGAACUUUUCUUUCAAAUGCAAGAACGAGAUACACCAGCACAUACAAAAAAACUAACAUCUGCAUUUGGAUGGGGUGAAAGAGAAUUAUUUGUUCAGCAUGAUAUUCAGGAAAUGGCAACCCUGCUGCGGGAUAAUCUUGAAGAGAGAAUGAAGGGAACUGUGGCAGAAGGCACUAUUAAUCAACUCUUUCAAGGUAGUGGUAAACAAAUAGUAGCAACACUUGAUCGAACGUUUGUAUCCCCUAGUCAUGAUACCUUUUACGAUAUUCAUCUUCCAUUGGGAUCUAAUAAUACUCUUAUAGAUAGUUUGCGAUCUCUUACGGCUAAGGAAUUACUGAUUGGGGAUAAUAAAUACCGUGUGGAAGAGCCAGGGAAAGAACCAGAAUAUAAAGAUGCAGAGAAGAGUUACAGAUUUUGUCGUUUUCCACCUGUGAUAUGGUUUCAUCUGAAGCGAUUUGAGAUGAAUUUAAUGUCACCUUCACUUGAGAUGAAAAAAGUUAACAACCGUUUGGAGUUCCCGGUUGAGCUUUCCUUAGAGGAAUUUGAAAAAGGUGACAGUAGUUGCAGUGGAAGUACAAGUAGUGAUAAUGAUGAUGAUGAUGGUAAUGAUAGUAGUGAUAGUAGUGAUAGUGAUAGUGAUAGUGAUAGUAGUAAUGUUAAUAGUACUGAGGGUGGAGAUGUUGACAGUAAAGAUAAUGAAGAAGAAGAGGAUGAGGAGAAGGGUGAAGUAGAGAGAGCUGAGGAAGAUACACAACAAGAGCAGAGAGAGAAGCAAAAAGGUAAAAAACAAAGCAAGAGAAAAUAUGAGACAAGGGAUGAAGAGGGAGAAGAAGAAGAAGAAGAACAACAACAACAACAACGAAAAGAAAAGAAGAAGAAGAAUAAAAAGAAUGAAAAAAAGAAAAAUAAAAAUACCAAAGGAGUAGAGCAACCAUUCAGCAAAGACUCACCUCCUAUUUAUGAUCUACAAGGUGUUAUUGUACACCGUGGCUCUGUUCGAAGUGGACAUUAUUAUUGUUACAUCCGUGAGUGGGAUCCCGUACAGGCCCGAUUUACCCGUUGGAUUGAGUUUGAUGAUGAGAGAGUACGAGUGGUGGAUGAGGAAACGGCAGUUAGUAAUAACUUUGGCGGUCCAGUCAUUCGCCAUGGACGACCGUGUAAUCCUUUAAGCACAAAUAAUGCUUAUAUAUUAUCUUAUGUACGGCGAGCCGAUUGUCCAAAGGUGUUGGCUCCCUCACCAACAGAUAUCAUUCCACAACGUGUAAAAGAUGUGUUUCGUCGUGAUAUGUUAGAAGAUGAUCGUCGUGAACAGGAAGAGAGAGAACGUCGUCGUAAGUUAACCAUCUUUAUCAUCACAGAUGAGAUUAUUCGUGAAUGUGUUAAUAUAUAUCAAAGAGAAACUAUGCCACGAGAUGCACGGGUAUCUUUACUGGAAAGUAUUGCAAUAGAAGUACAGAAAUCUGAUACCGUACGUCAUGUUUAUGCUACUAUUGCUUCUCAUGGAAAAUUACAUACACUAAGUAUGAAUCCACUUAAUUUUAGACUCUGGCGUUUAUUAUCUAAUCGCAAUAUUCAUUACUUAAGAGCACUUAAUAUUUCUAUUGCUGGUACGGAGAGAGUAAUGCAGGACUAUCUUGAUAAUGCUGGAGAGGAACAUAGUACUAUGACUUCUCUCUACAUUUACUUGCAGCAACCCACUACUCUACAAUUGGUUCCUUCUUCAGAUAUCCGACAAAUUCCAAGAGAAAGAGAAUUUGUAGAUACAGUGUCUGAUUUUCCAUAUGCAGUAUUUUUACCAACUCCAAUACAACUUGAAGCAGUAACGAUUUACUUUGAAUGUUAUGCCCAUUCAUCUGUUAUGAUGGUUAUAAGUAUUUCUCUUUACGAUGUGGAUGGUAAUAGAAUCAACUAUGAGGAUCAGGGUCCCCUUUCUGAAAGUAAAACAUUCAGAGUAAACUCAGAAUCUAGAUCUAUACGAGGUGUGGAAUGUAGUGUGAAAGUCCCUCAUCGGGCAGCGAGAGUGGUGAUUACGCAUGUACAGAUAGGUGUUUCUAAUUCUACUCUUUCUAGUCAACGAACAAGACCACGAUUAGGGGAAUCCGUGUUACCAAUAGCCGCUUUAGGUCGUGUACUCGUUUUCUUUAAAUAUUUUAAUUACAAUACGUGCCGUUUGGUAUACGCAGGUUCAGCUGUUGUGUCUCUGGCCGCUACGGUUAAGGAAUGUGGAAGAGCCCUUCUUCAAUUACUCGGUGAAGGUGAUAUGUCAUCAGCAUCGCUUGAUAUGUAUAAAGAAGAGUCUAUAAAUACCCGCUUACUACAAGCGAAUGUCUCACUUAUGACAGUUGGCAUAGAGUCUGGCAGUAUUUUAAUAGCACAACGUAAUGAUGUACCUUUAAUAUCUCGUUUCCGAACUGUCAAUAGUUAUAUUAAUGGUUUUUCUCGCAUAUUUCCUGUAUAUUUUAUACAUAUUGACUUUUCUGAAACAGAGACAACAUCUGGAAUGGAUAAACGUGAUACGAACUUGAAUAACGCUAUGCUUCCAGUUUCUUCUUCUUCUCCUCUUUCUAGUGGAGGAGGAGGAAAAGGAGUAAGUGAUGGUAUUUCUACUGGGAGGUUUUCCAAUCGUAGUGAUAGUAACAUGUUAAGAGAUUCUUCUUGUGUUGUGGAAGUAGUUCAUUCUUCUACUAAUGUAGAGAAUGAAUCCUUUCAUACAUAUUUUUAUCCUGAACGGUGUUUUCGCACCGUAAUGACGUACAGAGAGAAAAGAGAUGUUCAUUGGAGGUAUGAAGAAAUUUGUGAUUAUAUUGGAAAUGCGAGUGGAUUUGACCCUAAUUUCAUUCGUUUAUAUCGUAACAGUGUGGACAGUAUAGAGCGAGCCGUACCUGAACCAGAUCCAGCACCGAGUGUAUCAUCCUUUGCAGAUCCCAUUAGAGAUCCACGCAAUAAAGUCUUAUUCUUUGAAGUAUUACGUGAACCACGACGAAUUGUAGAUUCUCGACUAUGUGUUAUUAUAACAGUGCGAUCAGAAAAAGAUGAGCCUCUUUACACAGAGAGAAUUAUUGUGCGGGAGAAUGCCAUGUAUGGGGAAUUGGUGCAAGGAACUCUGGAACGCUGCACGGAAGCCUUACGUCGUGCGGCAGCGGUAAAAAGAAAGAAGAAUAUCUCUGAAUCAUCAGGAAAGAAUAACAACGAUAAUAACGAUAAGGAUAAGAACGCUACUAACACUUCUUCUCAACCGUCUGAGUUUACUGUUGGUGAACAUUAUUUGCUGCUUGUGAUGGAUAUCUGUGCGGGUGUGAUCAAGGAGAUUAUUGAAAUCCCGCGUGGGGCAGAUGGUCGGUGGGAGUGUCAUCGUGUCGUGGGCAGUCUUAGUGGCCGCUACAGUGGCAGCCAUAUCCCACACACGACGCCUCUCAGUGAAUCCAAUAGUCAUGCGAACAGUGUUGGGGCCGCAAGAGGCCGACACCUGCUCUCCGCAUCUUCCUUAUCGCAUCCAUCAUCACUAUCACUAUCAUCCUCCCAUGCCCAUCUUUACAGUGUGGGGGCGGGUGGGGGGCCGUUGUCGCUGGUGUUGGUGCCGGCCGCCCCGCUGGGGGACGCGGAGUGGCGCCUCGCCUGCGGGCACGCGGAGUGGCACGCCGGCACCCACGGCGGAGCCCCGCUGCUCUUCGCCCAGCCGUUCGCCGUCACGCUGCACGUCCACGACUCCGUCGCGCGGGCCCGCGAGGUUCUCCUCCAACACACCGGCGUGCCGCCAGCGGAGGUGGAGGCCGGCGGCUGCGGCGUCAUCAUGUACACAGACACCAUCUGGCACUUCUCCAACUGGAACGAGCAGCUGCUGCCGUACUGGAAGAACACAGAGUGCAACACCGGCCGCAUCCCAACACUCUUGCUGAACCACAGGCGGCCAAAGGAGAAGCCGGGCUCACGGUAUGUCGCACAGAAUAACCCAGCUCUCUCUAUUUCAAAGAGAUGA